CCGAAGUAACCGAACCGGAACCAUAACCAAAUGUGAACUCUAAACAAAUGAGAACCAAUUUUUUUCGAUAUUUUAUGAUUCCUAGGUGGCUAGGUUUACUAUCUGAACAGAAAUAAAUCCGUAAAUAUUCGAACCGAAUCCGAAUCGAAAAUAGGUAAUAUAGUAAAUGGAUCUUCUAAUCCUUUAUCCGAACUACUCCAUAUCCGAAAUAGCCUAAAUGCCCAGAUUUUUUUAAAAAAAUAUCAAUAAACCCUUGACGGGAAUUCCAUUCUUAAAAAAUGAUAAGAGCACCAUUAACGCUGAGGGUAUCUUAAAAUUUUUUUUUCUUUUUUUUUUAUUUGAAAAAAAAUAAAGAAUUAUAAGCAAACUAAUCGCGUGCCGCUACGUGUCGAUGGGAUCCGCAAACAGUGGAAAAACCCCACAAAGAUCGAUCUUAGUUUGAUAUGUUUUGUGAUCGGUUUUUGCAAAAUUAACGGGCUCCACCAUUAAGAAACCCUCUUAAGGUGACCCUGUUAAUUAUGCUCUAAGAGUGCCAUAAUUUGAUUCUUGAUGUGAUAACUUGUCUACUGCAGUUUUGCAGCGACCAAGACUCCAGAAGACACAAAGGUUGACAGAAAAAAAAAAAAAAGACUCGAGAAGACUCUAGGGCAGGCUAUCGAGUACUUUUAACAUAUUAAAUGGGCCGUAAUCGUGGCCCACUUUACACCAUUCGAUCAGUGAUCCAUCUCCAGUUAAAUAAUCCUAAACCCUUACCUAAUCAUCUCAAAAUCUUGCGACCAGAGGUUUCUUGAAAGGGUUUAGUGAUCGCAGAAGAAGGGCCUUCAUCUUUCCACGCUCGACCUCCAAACAAAGACAAGAAGCUGUUUAUUAAAUUUCUUGUUUCUGGAGAUGAGUUCCUCUGAAACAUCUCACCUAGCCACCGCCAAAACAGCUCUCACGGCGGUCGCAUCGGUGGCAGCAGCCGCAAUGCUAGCUCGAACAGUGAUCCAAGACUACAUGCCAGCCGAGGUGCAUGACUUCAUCUCUUGUGGUAUCCGCAAAUGCUUCAGCCACUUCGGUUUUCAAAUGACAGUUGUGAUUGAAGAGUUUGGAGGCUUUGAAAACAACCAAAUGUUUGAAGCCGCAGAGGCUUACCUAGCCUCCAAGAUAUCUCCAUCCACUAGAAGAAUCAAAGUCAACAAACUUGAGAAACAUAGCAACUUCAGCGUGACGGUCGAACGCGACGAGGAAGUUGUGGAUACUUUCGACGGCGUGAAGCUGAGCUGGGUCCUCGUGUGCCUUCCCGUGAAGAAGAAGGAUUUUCGUAACCCUCGAGACCUGAACUCUACUUUGAAGUCAGAGGUGCGUUCUUACGAGCUCAGGUUCAACAAGAAGUUCAAGAAGAUGGUUCUUGAAUCUUACUUACCGUUUGUGGUGGAACAAGCUGCUCUGAUGAAGCAAAAGACUAAAACGCUUAAGAUCUUUACACUUGGUUCGUAUUCCGAGUGGACCUCUGUGACUCUCGACCAUCCUUCCACGUUUCAAACUCUUGCCAUGGAUCCGGAAGAAAAGAAGAACUUGGUAGAGGAUCUUGAUUGUUUUGUGCAGCGUAAAAGCUUUUACGGGAGAGUAGGGAAAGCUUGGAAGAGAGGGUACUUGUUGUAUGGUCCACCCGGUACAGGAAAGUCAAGCUUGAUCGCAGCCAUAGCUAAUCAUCUUAACUUUGAUAUCUAUGAUUUGGACUUGGCAUCGGUUAAGAGUAAUGCUGAGCUGCGUAUGUUACUGAUGUCUACUGCAAACCGUUCGGUUUUGGUUGUAGAAGAUAUUGAUUGUUCCAUCGAGUUUAAGGACCGGAGUGCUGAUGAGCCUAGUGAUCUUCUGGAUAAACCGGUCACACUUUCUGGUCUACUGAAUUUUGUGGACGGACUAUGGUCAAGUUGUGGUAACGAGCGGAUCAUAGUGUUCACGACUAACUACAGAGAAAGAUUGGAUCCGGCAUUGUUGAGGCCAGGACGUAUGGACGUGCACAUUCACAUGUCUUAUUGCACACCAGCUGGUUUUAAGGUUUUGGCUUCAAACUAUCUUGAGGUUGAAGAUCAUAUGCUUUUCGAGGAGAUUGAGGAACUUAUCCGGGAAAUAAAAGUUACACCAGCAGAGAUAGCUGAACAGUUGAUGAGGAACGACUCUGUGGAUCAAAUACUCCAUGGAUUGAUCGUGUUUUUAAGAGCCAAGAAAAUUGAAAAUGAUGUAAGAUAAGGCCAAAAGAUAAUAGUUACAUAGCUUAGAAGAAAACUCUCUCUUCAUCUCAGAGAUAUGUCAAUUAUCAUUUUAUUUUUCACUUAUUUAAAAAUGAUGAAUAGUUGUCCGGGCAAAUCUCUAAAAUAGCACAUUUCUAAGUUUAUAUCA